UGUGAGCAGCGUGACUGAGUAUCUUAGUCCAUUUGGGCUUCUAUUACAGAAAACCAUAGGCUGGUGGCUUAAACAACACACAUUUCUUUCUCACAAUUCCAAGAUUGAGGAACCAGCAGAUUGGUGUCUGGUGAGGGCCCACUUCCUGAUUUGUGGAUGGCUGUCUUCUCCCUGUAUCCUCACAUGAUGGGGAGUGAUGCAGUUUGGCUUUGAGUGCCCUGCUUAAAUCUCAUGUCGAGACCGGGUGCAGUGGCUCACACCUGCAAUCCCAGCACUUUCGGAGGCCGAGGUUGGACUGACCGAUGACAUCAGAGAUUCCGACCUUCCUGAUUGGAAGGACCGGACUCUGUGGGCACCUGGAAGUUCAGUUGGAUAACAGCAUCUUCUCAGAGCUGAUCUCCACUCCUGACUUCUCCCAGCCUCGAGAAUUGAUAACACACUCUUCGGGAUCCUACCAGUGCCCACGAGAAGGCCACGGACAGAACAGAGACUAGUUUCCGUGAGAGGGGAUAGAUUAUGGGAAACAUCAUGACCUGCUGUCUACCGCACCCCCAGGAUGAGCAGAGCCCCCAGCGGAGCACCUCGGGGUACCCCCUCCAGGAGGUGGUGGAUGAUAAAGUGUCGGGACCAUCAGCCCCUGGGGGAGAUCACAGCCCCCCACGUAGGUCCUUUUGCCUGAAAAGGAAGAAGGAGUGCUCGGACGAAUCUGAGGAGUCGUCAGAGGAGCCACAGAAGGAACUCAAGCGACAGCGAGUGUUGCUCAUGCUCCCUGAGCACCACGAGGCCUUCAACAGGCUGCUCGGAGGCACACUUCUCCUCGCUGCCCUGCUGCUCCCACGGAAACCCUGUACUGCUUCUCAUGCUGACAUCUGCUCUCUAAUCACAGAGGAUCCUGUCAUUAAAAGAUUCCUGGCUUGGGACAAAGAUCUGAGGGUGUCGGACAAGGUCGUUUGGGAUCUGAGCCCUCGGCCACAGUCUGGCCGCAGCCCUGAAGCUCCUGGCCCCUCUACUCUCAGCUCUUUGGGACAGUUCUCUGCCUGGCACACAAAAGACCCUCCUGACACCAUCCGACCUAGACACACCCCCUCCAGAGAUCCCAUCGGGGUCCACCAUCCUGGAAGCAUCACCAAAACCCUUCCUCUGGCUUCUCGGAUUUGCAUCCGACCUUCGAAUACCCCUCCACCCUGCAAUUUCCACAUGAGCACAGUCACCCCAACGCUGAGGUCCCUUCUCUGAUGGGCAACCCCUCCCCAGUCCCCCAUUCCACUAUCUCCACAAUCUUCCUCUCCCAAGAUGUGACCUCUCCUUCUCUGUGUUCUUUUCUCUCCAUCAGUACCUCUUGGCUAUGGUCAUAGCGUAUUUUAGGCGGGCCGGCCUCCUCUCCUGGCAAUACCAACGCAUUCAUUUCUUCCUGGCUCUGUGAGUGGUUUGCUACCUCCUAUCGGUCAAUAUCUAAUGCCCUGGGACAGCCGGGGAAGUGGGAUUCCAGCCUUUCAUUUAUUCUUUCACCUAUUUGUCCUCUUUACUCUGUGUACAAAAAAGACAGGAUUAUAGCAUCUUAGACUGUUGUUUCUAAAAAGAAACUCAGGCUGCGCGUAGUGGCUUACGCCAGUAAUCCCAGCACUUUGGGAGGCUGAGGCAAGCGGAUAACCUGAGGUCAGGAGUUCGAGACCAAGCUGGUCAACGUGGGAAAACGCCGUCUCUAUUAAAAAUUAGAAAAAUUAGCCGGGCGUGGUGGUGUGCACCUGUAAUCCCAGCUACUUGGGAGGCUGAGGCAACAGAACCCCUUGAACCCAGGAGGUGGAGGUUGCAGUAAGCUAAGGUUAAGCCACUGUACUCCAGCCUGGGUGACAGAGCGAGACUUUUCUGAAAGAAAAAAAAAAGCCAAAAAUCCCGAAACUCCAAUGCCAGUGUACAAAUAAAAGAAUAAAAGAGGCCGGGUGCGGUGGCCCAUGCCUGUAAUCCCAACACUUUGGGAAGCCAAGGCGGGUGGAUCACAAGGUCAGGAGAGCGAGACCAUCCUGGCUAACACGGUGAAACCCCGUCUCUACUUAAAAAUAAUAAUAAUAAUAAUUAGCCAGGUGUGGUGGCGGGUGCCCGUAGUCCCAGCUACUCGGGAGGCUGAGGCAGGAGAAUGGCGUGAAUCUGGGAGGCGGAGCUUGCAGUGAGUGAGAUCACACCACUGCACUCCAGCCUGGGCGACAGGGCGAGACUCCAUCUCAAAAAAAUAAAUAAAUAAAACAAAAGGAACUAUAAACUGCUCCCAAGGAGAGAAGAAAAGGAGCAGAGGAAUGGACAUGACACUUCCCCCAGCAAGUAGAUGUUUCCGGUUCUCUCUCUGUCCUUCCCACAUCAACCACAAACGCCAUCAACCUCCUCCGGGUUCCCAUGACAGAGAUCACUGUUCAGGUCCCCCUCGCAUCACUCAAAUCCACUGUCAAAUGCUCCCUGCUGGGGUCUCCUGGAGUCUCUCCCCAAGCCAGGGGGCUUCCUAGGGCAGCCUGAGCAUCUUUCCAAAGCAUGACAACCUCACUGCCCAUCUGAACAACUUCAUUAGCUGAUGUCUUUCUCUACCGAGGCCAGGGUCCACAGUGCCAAUUCUGCCCUCUCUACAAUCCCUACAAGCACACUGGCUCGCCAUCUUGGUGUUCUCUGGUUUGGCUUCACUGCUCCUUCCAAAUGCCCUCCACCCGACUUUGCUUUUGUGUUUUCUGUCUGCGUGUCCCGCACACAUGUGGUUCUGAAGGGAAGGACCCAUUCCUUGAACUCAGUUCACCCCACAGCCUCUGGGAUGCCUUCCCUCAUCUUCCAACUUCUGCAUGCCCAUAGCUCUCUAGUUACAUCCUGGACACUGGGAUAAGGUCAUCUGCCCUGAUUACUCCCAGUCCCAUUAGACUAGACGCCUGUAGAAGGCAGGGUCCUGGCAAGAUAUCAAUGUAUCCAAUUUCUUUUAUUUUUUUGAGGCAGACUUGCCCUGUCCCCCAAGCUGGAGUGCAGUGGUGAGAUCAUAGCUCACUGCAGCCUUCAUAUCCUGGGCUCAAGCGAUCCUCCCACCUCAGCCUCUUGAUUAGCUCCGACUACAGGGCUGUGCCACCACACCUGGACAGUUUGUUUAUUUAUUUAUUUAUUUAUUGAGACAGAGUCUUGCUCUGACUGGAGAAUGGAGUGGCCCAAUCUCGACUCACUGCAACCUCCGCCUCCUGGGUUCACACAAUUCCUAUGCUUCAGCCUCUUGAGGAGAUACGAAUAACGCAUAUGCUACCACACCAGGAUGAUUUUUGUAUUUUUCGUAGGGAUGGGGUUUCUCCAUGUUGACCAGGCUGGUCUCCAACUCCUGGUCUCAAGCGAUCCACCCGCUUCAGCCUUCUAAAGUGCUGGGAUUACAGGCAUGAGCCACCGCGUCUGGCAUAUUUCUUAUACUUGUAAUAGAGGUGAGGGUCUUGCUAUGUUGCCCAGGCCCGUGUCAAACUCCUGGCCU